AUGCAGUUACGCUCUACGCACGCUCUGACUGAACUUGCGAAAUACAAUGUGGAACUGUAUUCAAAAUUGGAAUCUGAAACAGGUCAGUCACCCGGCUUCAGACAAAACGGAACACUUGGAGUAUGCAGAACCAGCGACCGAAUUCUGGAGGCCCAAAAAACCGCUUCUAUCGCAAAAAGCUUCGGUAUUGAAGCGCACAUGAUCACCCCGCGUGAGGCGAAAGAAAUCUAUCCGCCACUUGACCCAACCGCCAUCCAGGGUGCCAUCUACAUUCCAAAUGAUGGUCAAACCAACCCUGUCGACACCACCAUGGCACUGAUCGCCGGGGCGCGGCAGCACGGAGCAACCAUUGUCGAGAGUUGCGAAGUGAAAGCUCUGAAACGAAUACGAACGCAGGAAUAUCUCAUCGAAACACUUCAUGGCGAGAUUCGAUGCGAAACUCUGGUACUGGCAUGCGGUCUUUGGACACGCGAGCUUGCCGCCCAGCUCGGAAUUCGCGUCCCGCUUUAUGCGUGCGAGCACUAUUACAUCGUAACCGAACCUCUCGAUUGCAUACUGCCGAACCUGCCAGUGCUACGGGAUACCGAUGGCUGUAGUUACAUCAAGGAAGAUGCGGGGAAAUGGCUGGUAGGAGCAUUUCAACCAGAUGGCAAGCCAUUGGAGAUGAGCGAAAUUCCAGCCGAUACCCCAUUUAUCGAACUGCCUGAGAAUUGGGAUGAGUUUGAGCUUCCGUUCAGCAAAGCCACAGAAAUUCUGCCUGCACUUCACAAUGCAGGAAUUGCGAAAUUUCUCAACGGACCUGAAAGCUUCACACCGGAUCUGCUGUUUGCACUGGGAGAAGUACCCGGAAAUGCCCAACUGCUACAUUUCUGCUGGCUAUAA